UAUAGCGCUGUACAGCAAAGAUGACGUAGUUUCCUCCUGAGCUGUCAACAGAAGCUAGUUAGUUUUUAAAGCCUUGGAAAAUGAGUUUGUUUUUGCCUAAAUUAACGUGCAAAAAAGACAUAGAUGAAGUCAUCAAAGGCGUAGCAGAAAAAGUCGUAGUUUUGAGGUUUGGAAGAGACGAAGACUCGGUUUGCCUCCAACUCGAUGAAAUUCUGUCAAAAACCGCCCAUGACUUGAGCAACAUGGCCGCGAUCUACAUCGUCGAUGUGGAUAAAGCUCCCAUCUACACCAGAUACUUUGACAUCAGUUACAUCCCCUCCACUGUUUUCUUCUUCAACGGGCAGCACAUGAAGGUGGAUUAUGGCUCACCAGAUCACACCAAGUUUGUCGGCAGCUUCAAAACCAAACAAGACUUCAUGGAUCUGAUUGAGGUCAUAUACAGGGGAGCCAUGCGGGGGAAGAUGAUUGUCCAGAGUCCCAUAGACCCUCAAAAUAUUCCCAAAUAUGAUCUCCUUUACCAUGGAAUUUAGCAUGAGCAUCUCCACUACUUAACUGCUGAUCAUAAUUCAUCUUUUACUAAUAGAAAAAAUUGCUCGACUUUCAGCAACUAAGCAACUGAAGAAGUUUUUACGUUACAGCUUGUCAGAAACUCUUGUAAUAAAGUGUUUCAGAUUAGGAGACUUUAAUAAAUGUGUACAUAUGUACAUACAGACAGUACAGAACAGUACAUUGCCCUUUACUUUGUUUACGUCUUGCUGUGUUUAAAGAAUGUCUGUACAGAAGAGCGCUGUCUACCAAACCUCCAGGGAGUAUCAUGGGGGAGAGUUAACAGGUUGGAAAGACUGAAAUAAAUGCAAAUUUUAUACUAAAACUUUGUGACGAUAUGACAGAUACACAAAAUCUAAUGGGCUUUGUAACACUUUGUUGUAGUUUAUAUUGUCAAUUUUAUUAACAUUUUUUUCUCUCCAUAAUUUCAAACAGUUUAGUUUAUGUUUGAUAGACAUUAUGUGAGUUUUGAUAACUAAGGUUCUGCAACUUUAUUCUGUUUUGGGGUUGUUUUCUUGUGAAAAUGUUUAGUGUCAUUGUGAUGUUUCCCAUGGAAAACAGUUGUAUGUCAGCAGAGAGAUACAAUGAAUUUAUCCAAAAUACAUACUGUGUUAUAAUAAACUUUUAUAUUUUA